GCUUCCUUUUACAAUGGCAUCAAAGAUAAAUAUUGCUGAUGGCCAAGAUGUUGUCCUCCGUUGUCCAGACGGUUGUGAAAAACCAAAUGGCCCCACUCCAGUCGAAGUGGUCUGGAAAUAUAAUGGAAAACGCAUAAUUAAAUACUUCCAGAAUAAGGAAUUUAAAGAUGACCACACUGCACAAUACAAAUUUGUGGCUUCUGACCACAAGAAUUUUUCUUUAUGGCUACGAAAUGGAAAGGAAGGGCAAUACACCUGUGUGGUGAACGACAAAGUACAGUGUAUCCAUGACCUUCAGGUGUGGACUGCGAAAGGAAUUCAAAACAGAUAUCUCCUGCAAGGUGAAACUAUACAACUAGAAGUGAAUUCGUUUGGCAAUGAGUAUCCUACAACCAGGAUCAAGUGGUUUAGCCCACGCAACUCCAGAGUGACAGGCAAUGAACCACGUUGGAAGCUGGACAACUAUGAGAGGAAGCUGCAGAUAAAGAACCUUGACGUUCAAGAAGAUGAUGGCACGUGGAAAUGUCACAUCCUGCCUGAUGGGCCCUUGUUCUCCUUUGGGGUCAAGGUGAUAGGUUUUCUCAAUGACAUGACGUUUGCAGCUAUUGAUAGCAGAGUGGUCCUUUCAUGCCCGUUGAACAUUGACCUCUCAAAGGAAAAGAGCGUGAGGAACUUUCCAAAACUCCAGAGUUGGGAACUCAUGAAGGAUAAUAAGAUUAUUGUAAAGGAGGACGUAUCAAGCAAUGUCAACACCACUUAUCCUGCCAAAGAGAUACCCAACGUUCGGCUGGAAGAUGCUGGAAAAUACCAGUGUCGUUUCAUAUUUGCAGAAGGGCAUUUGAAUACGUCUGUCCAUUUAAUAGUGAUGAGCGUUUCUGAUAGUUCCCCUGGGCUCUCUGCUGAUAAAGAAAACAUGUUUUUGUGCUGUCAAAUCUCUGCUCCUCUUCCUGCCAAGGCCGAAUUGUGCUGGGCCCAUAUGAAUGAAACCAGAUGUCAGUCUCACCUUCCAAACAGCACAUUUUGUCAAGAGAAUCCAACUCUGGGGAUUUGGAGGUGUAGUCUCAAAGUGGAGAACAAUAUGAAGAUCAGUAUUAACUACACCAUGGCAGAGGCGCCUACUGCAAAUUUGUCAUUCCCACUGGUAGAAAUACUUUCUGGAGUUGGUGUGCUGCUGUUGCUGCUGAUCGUUGCAGGCCUGUGUAGGUUCGCUCUUAAACCUAUCCGGCAGAAAAGGCAACGAGCAAGGAGGAUGGCCCAGGCUAAGCAGCACUUGCUGGAAAAGAAGACGUGUCAAUGUGAAAGGGAGCUGACAAAUGAUUACUACCACACCUGAGACAAGAGGCUCAAUCUGCCAUCAACAUCAGAUCUAUGCCAACGCAUUUCAUUAGUUUGCUUUAUUCUCUUUUUUAAAAGUUUUCUUCCAUUACUUAACAUGCAGUACCACUAAAGCUCCAAGGUCAUGGCAGACUUGUUGAAUAUGAGAGCGAACACAAAUAACCUUGCUCAGAUACUGCUGCAAAUAUUCUCUGGUGUGAUUAUUAAUACCGAAAGAAGAUUCCACGUCUUUCUGCUGAUUGCCCACAAUAAGUGUCAUUCAAAACCUCAAAGUGCUGACAGCCAUUGCACAUUUUAAGUCUUCAUUUUGAACACUUUCCCUCUGCUUCUGUUUGGAAAUUGCAUCAUGUCAGAGUCAGGAAAUGGACUCAGGUCGCUGUAAUAUGCAGACCGUCAGAUGUAAAUAUAUUAAUACAUUCAAAGCUGGUUCAGGAGGAGUGGAGCAAUUAGCUUAGGGUAUUUUUAACAUAAAUUUACCUAAUCCGUCAUUUUUAAGCUAACACACAAACUGAAUCCUAAUUGUAUCCAUUUUCAGUUUUCAAAUUUUGCAAUAUCGACCAUGUACAGAAAUGUAUGUACACUAGUGAGGAUAACAGGCAAAAACUGUGUGAUAUUAGGAGACAUCACUUGGGGAAAAUAUUGGAUGAAAAAUUGUAGACAAAAAUAUUUGAAUUAGCAGAAAGUCACAAAAAUGUGCAUGAGAUUUCCAUGUGGAUGCUGAGAAAUAUUCAAACUUCUAGUUAGUGAAGGAAGUUUGAGAUGGAUGGAUAAAUAUGUAUUUAAAAUAAGAGAAAAUCUGAUUUAUGCCUUAUGUUUAAUUUGCUUAACUGAAAGUCAUCCAUUUAUUUUUAAUAUAACCAUAUUAUAUUUGAAUAAAAUAUUUUAAAGUG